UUGAAAGCAGUUCCCAUGGUGCCUGGCGGGCGGGCGCUGAUUGGUCGGGCGGCUGCAGCGCGCGGUUCGAAGGAGGCUGCGGUGCGCGCUGCUGGGCGUUGUGCGGCGGCCGGGUCUGCGCUUCAGCGUCAGCCGAGUCCAGGCAGCGCGCUCUGUUCUUCUGCUGUCGGCACCAUCGCGUCCGGGUGCGCCAUGACCUCCCUCAGCUUCCAGGGCGGCGGCUCGAAGAAGGACAAGGAGGAGAAGGGAAAGAACAUCCAGGUGGUGGUCCGUUGCAGGCCAUUUAAUGCUUCAGAACGUAAAGCAAACUCCUAUGCUGUUGUCGACUGUGAUCAAGCACGAAAAGAAGUUAGUGUCCGUACUGGAGGAGUCACAGACAAGAUGCUAAAAAAGACUUACACAUUUGAUAUGGUUUUUGGAGCUCAAGCAAAGCAGAUUGAUGUAUACCGGAGUGUUGUGUGUCCCAUUUUGGAUGAAGUUAUUAUGGGCUAUAACUGUACAGUGUUUGCCUAUGGCCAAACUGGUACUGGUAAGACUUUCACGAUGGAAGGGGAACGGUCACCCAACAAGGAGUACACUUGGGAAGAGGAUCCAUUAGCAGGUAUAAUACCUCGUACCUUGCAUCAGAUAUUUGAAAAACUCACCGAGAAUGGCACUGAAUUUUCAGUGAAAGUCUCUCUUUUGGAAAUAUAUAACGAGGAGCUUUUUGAUCUUCUGAAUCCUGCUCCUGAUGUUGGAGAAAGGCUGCAGAUGUUUGAUGACCCCCGAAACAAGAGAGGUGUAAUUAUUAAAGGCUUAGAGGAGAUAACUGUACACAACAAAAAUGAAGUCUAUCAGAUCCUGGAAAGGGGUGCAGCGAAGAGAACAACUGCAGCUACAUACUUGAAUGCGUAUUCCAGCCGUUCCCACUCUGUAUUUUCAAUUACCAUCCAUAUGAAAGAAACCACAGUAGAUGGAGAAGAACUUGUUAAAAUUGGGAAGCUAAACUUGGUUGAUCUUGCAGGCAGUGAGAACAUUGGUCGAUCUGGAGCAGUUGAUAAAAGAGCUCGUGAAGCUGGAAAUAUCAACCAGUCUCUCCUGACUUUGGGAAGAGUUAUUUCUGCUCUUGUAGAAAGAGCCCCACAUAUUCCAUACAGGGAAUCUAAACUCACAAGAAUCCUUCAAGAUUCUCUUGGAGGACGAACGAAAACAUCAAUAAUUGCAACAGUUUCUCCUGCAUCUAUAAAUCUUGAGGAAACACUGAGUACGCUAGAAUAUGCCCACAGGGCAAAGAACAUAAUGAACAAGCCUGAAGUUAACCAGAAGCUGACCAAAAAAGCUCUUAUUAAGGAGUAUACUGAAGAGAUAGAGCGUCUGAAACGAGACCUUGCUGCUACACGUGAGAAAAAUGGAGUCUAUAUUUCCAUUGAAAAUUUUGAUGCCCUUAAUGGAAGGCUGACGGUUCAGGAAGAACAAAUUGCAGAGUAUAUUGACAAAAUCAGCAUCAUGGAGGAAGAGAUGAAAAGAGUAACUGAGCUGUUCACAGUUAAUAAAAAUGAACUUGAGCAGUGUAAAACAGAUCUGGAAAUCAAGGAGAAGGAACUGGAAGAAACUCAGAAAGAUCUGCAAGAAACCAAAAUUCAUCUGGCUGAAGAAGAAUAUGUGGUUUCAGUCUUAGAAAAUGCUGAACAAAAUCUUCAUGGCGCAGCUAGCAAGUUGCUUAAUACAGUUGAAGAAACCACAAAAGAUGUAUCUGGUCUCCUUGCAAAACUGGACCGUAAGAAGGCUGUUGAUCAGCACAAUGCUGUUGUCCAAAAUACAUUUGCACGACAAAUGACUGAUUUGUUCAACAAAAUACAAAAUUCAGUUAAUGAGAACAGUGUGAAGCAUCAACAGAUGUUGACGUCUUACACAGAUUUUAUAGGUGACAUCUUGUCUGCCAGUUCUUCAGCAUCUAAUAUUCUUACAUCAGUUGUAUCAACAUCUUUUGCCUCUCUUAAGGAGUUGGUGUCUACUGAAGUUUCCUGCAUGUCUGAAAAAGUAUUACAACAUGAGAAUCUGUCACUUGAUCAUAAAGCUGAACUUCUGAGACUAAUUGAGGAGCAUGCGUCAGGAUUAGGAAGCGCAUUAAAUAGCUUGAGACCAGCAGUAGAAUUUGUUCUGGGCCUAAACUGUCAGUUUCAGACUAACAUGAAAAAAUAUUCAGCUGUGGCUGAUAAGAUGGAAGGUCAUAAAAAAGAGAUGGAUACCUUCUUUGAAGAUCUUUCUCUUGCUCUGAAAAAUUUACAGGAAGAAACAGCUAAUGUUCUUGCUCAGCUUCAGAAUGAUUGUGAAAAUUUAAGAGAAGAAGUGGAAACAACAAGAGUAGCGCAUACAAAGAGUGCAUCUGAGUUAAUGUCUUCGCUACAAAGACAGCUUGACCUGUUUGCUCAAGAGACUCAGAAAAACUUAGCUGAUGUACUGGCAAAAAAUGGAAGCUUGAAGACCACCAUCGCUGCUGUACAAGAAAAUGUUCACCUGAAAACUACAGACCUCGUCAGCAGUACAGCUUCUAACCACAGCAGAUUUCUUGCAACUAUGGACGAUUUUUCUCAGGAUCUCAGAAUUCUAAAUGGUGAAAACAAGAGGAUGCUGGAAGAUUCCACUGACCGCUGUCAGCAACUUCUCAUCGGUCUCAGAAAUGUGUCUCAGGAUGCUGAUAAAUGUGCUGAACUUACAAUUGCUCAGAUAGCUGACUUUACCAAUCAGCAGCUAUUGUCCUUCGAGGAUGAAAAACAACAACUAAAGUGUUUUCAAAAGAAAAACAGAGAAAACUGUGAUAAGGCGAUAGCUGAAAUUGCCAACCAUAUCGAUACUCAGAAAAGUGCUGAGGAGAAGGUACUCAGUGGCUUUCUUGAUCAAAUGAAAGUUGAUCAAUGUGUACUUCUGGAACAGAAGCUGGCACUUAAUGAAGAAGCACAGCGUGGACUGGCUCAGGUUAAUGGUUUUCUGAAAGAAGAUCUUAAAGUGGAUAUUCCAACAGGGACAACUCCACAGAGAAAAGACUACUCUUAUCCAGUCACACUGGUGAAAACAGAACCCAGGGAACGUCUACUUGAACAAUUGCGGAGAAAACAACUACAGAUUGAUGCUAGGAUGAACAGCGUGGUAAAGGAAGUGGAGGGGAAUGCAGAUGAGGACCUGCUGGCAGUGGAGGAAGGAAUGCAAGAAUCCAGUGAAAGUCUUGGUGGUGACAAGUACUUAGUGGAUGUAAACAUAAGCUGUCAUGCAAAUGGGGGCAUUCCCUUUUUCCAGUAUAAAAGGAGUCACAAAAAAGAUAAAGAGAACAAAUCUGCGAUGAUGUUGGAGAAAAACAAAACUGAAGACAUGACAGAACAGCUACUUCCUAAAUCUAAGCUACCCUUAAGAUCAGCGAACUAAGAUUAUACAUAUAUGUAUAUAGUGCAGAUUCUUAUCGAAUACUUUUGGUUAUCUACUGAGCCAUAAGUUCUCUUCGUUAUUCUGCCUCUGUAUAUAGUGAUAUAUUGAUGCAACGUUGGAUCCGAAACUUGACCCAAUAUGUCCUGCCUUUGUUCUGUUUUUAUAUAUGAUGGCUUGCAAAGUAUUAACAGUUCUAUUUUUAAAACAAAACAAAAAAAAAACCUGCAGAUUAUGGUGCUGUAUGUUACGUGACUUUUUUUUAUCCUGUCAAUUAAUAGAUUGCUUUCUGCUUCUUAUUAGAUUUGUAGUAGCAGGAAGGGAUAUGGAAUAAUGCUGGGUUUUUCAUUGUAAAUAUGUGGUCUGUUUUUGUACUUGUCUUACACUUAUUUCUGUUGCUAUAAAGUAGAUGGUUGUCUUUGGGAUACUUUUAAAUAAAUCAGUUGAUACAUAGAGUACAGAUGUGUAUGCAUAUGUGGUUUUGGUCUUAAACUUGAUAAUAUAGCUAAAACAUUAGUGUAUCUGCAAAAUAGAUGCUCUGGACACCAUUUAGAUAAAGAUCAAUAAUUUUGAUUAUACCCUUUCACUGUGAUUCUCUUAGUUAUGGCACCAGAUAGACUGAUCAGCUGUAUUUCUGUACCACUUCUUACCUGUUAUUUUUCUUCAUGGGUGAAGCUAAUCUCUUUUCUUUAGCAGCAGAUAGCAGGAGACAAAAGUAUGAACAAGGCAGCUGUAUGUCCACUGAUACAUUAUUGUUUUAUUUGUAUCAUCUUAGUACUUAGCUUAUAUACUAGAUCUUUCUAUUAUGUGAAGUUUGGAACCCUAUAUAAAGGGGUUUUGAAAUCUUGUUUUGUCUGUGGGAAUGUUUCUAUCAGUGUGGUUGGUAUAUUGUGAAAUUCUGAUAACAGAAACCUAAUGGAUGUAAGAAUUCUCCAAGGCUUAGCAUCUAGGUUCUUUUACACUGACAAGAUUUUUGUUAGUGUGAUCUGUCCAUUUCCUAGCUGAAAGGCAUUUCUGCAAGUCUUUCAGCCUUAAUUUUUCCAUAUGGAGUUCACAAGACUGGUGUGAACAAACAAACUGGAGCAGCCAAUGCCAAGGAAUGAUCACAGAAUCACAGAAUUGUAGGGGUUGGAAGGGACCUCUAGAAAUAGAGUCCAACCCUCCUGCCAAAGCAGGCUCCCUACACCACAUUGCACAGGUAGGCGUCCAGGGCACAUCCAUUAAAAUGAUGCCAGUAUCUAUGCUUAUUUAACUUCUUGAAACUACCCUUGUCCAUAGCUGUUUGAUUUUCCUUGGUACAGAUGCAGGUUGCUUUUCUCAUAUUGAAAGGCUUUAACAGUUGUAUGAAUCUUUAGGAGUGCUUGCUUUCUCUUUUCAGAGAGAUGUGUUUUCUUACAUUUGCAAUAAUAUUAUGGCAGGUAACUGCUCCUUUCGUUGGGCCUGGUGUGUAGUGGUCAUGCCAGAAAGCUGAAUGGGAUGAAAAACUUGGAUACUCUCUGCUUCCUUGCCACGUUCUCUUCUUCCACUAGGUGGCUCUAACACUGAAGUGUUACUCUAAACCUCCAGCGCCGAUUGCUAACUAGGAUUUAGGAACAGGCAUUUUGCUGAGGUUUUAGUCAAACAUCUGUUACAAGAGCAGGUUUGAAAACCUAAUAAUUUUAUGCUUCUGCUAGGAUAACCCUAUAUUCAAACUGUGGUGAGCGUUUGUUUAAGGAAGGAGCUGCACCUGAGUGAAAUGUUCAGAAUCACAGCUUGAGCUUUGCCACAGGAUCAAUAGAUGUUUGUAGUAAUUAAAUGCUCUCUGAGAUCUCUGUUGCAUGGGCAUUUGCUAAAAUAGGAAGCAAAACCUACUUGUUUAGCUGUAAGAGACACCUUCCUUAACUUUGCUUACAUAGGGUUACUGGAUAUACAGGUUUAACCUGUAGAGAAGAAAUUGGUGAUCUGGUGUAGUUUACAGAAUGGUAUCUAUUAAUGGUAUCUAUUUGGCUUGUUAGAAAGUAUCACUCAUAAGAAGUAUCGAAGCUGUUUCCACAGAACAAGUCGGGAGGUCAUAAGCUGACUGAGUUAGUUGCGCUGAGCUGGAGGUAGAGUUGUGGUGUGACUGGGAUUGUAGCAUACAGCUGCGCUCUAACUGGGUAAUUUUUCCGUCUGAUUCUAGAUUAGCAGCCAAGUGGGGCAACUCUUGAAUUAACAGCAAAAAAAAGAAAAGGAAAAAAAAAACAAAAACAAAAAAA